AUGUCGUCUAUGAUCACGACUGCUGCCUGGGUGCCGCGAGGUUUCGCGGCUCCCUUCCCCCAGAAAUAUAAUUUCGACGAGGAAGAGUUCGAGCGCAUCGCGUCGUUGGCGAAGCUAAAGUUGGACGAUGCCAAUGAUGACCUGGAAGAGGCCCAAGCAAAGGAUGGCGAGGGAGCAUCUGACAAGGAGGGGUCCAAGAAGGCGUCCGAAGACGCCAAGAACGAUAUUGAAAUCGACGACGACUUGAAAGAGUACGACCUUGAGCACUACGACGACGACCCGGAGGAGGACAUCGAGGUCGCACAGAGCAUGGGCAUGUUUGGCAACGUCAAAUCGUUGGCAUACUACGACAACAACAAGGAUGACCCGUACAUCACUAUACCAGACGAAGAGGAUGAGAACGAGGAGCGGGAGGACUUGCAAAUUCUUGCAACAGAUAACUUGAUGCUGGCAGCCAAGGUUGAGGACGAGCUGGCACACCUCGAGGUCUACGUGUACGAGGACGAAGCCGACAAUCUCUACGUACACCACGACAUCAUGCUUCCUGCGAUACCCCUCUGCGUCGAGUGGCUGGACAUCGCCUGUGGCAGGUCAAGCGUCGACAAGGACGCGGCAGCAAACUUCGUCGCGAUUGGCACGAUGGACCCGGAUAUUGAGCUGUGGGACCUCGACACGGUGGACUGCAUGUACCCAAACGCCAUACUGGGUCAGGGAGGUAACCCCGAGGAUGAGAAGAAGAAGAAGAAGAAGAAGAAGUCCAAGAGGGCAAACGACGAAUACCAUGUGGACGCAGUUCUGUCACUGGCGGCCAACCGAAAACACAGAAACUUAUUGGCCUCAGCUUCGGCCGACAAGACGGUCAAGCUAUGGGAUCUAAACACUGCCAAGUGCGCCAAGUCAUACAGCUACCACACCGACAAGGUCUGCUCGUUAGCAUGGCACUCGGUAGAGUCGACAGUUCUUCUAAGCGGUAGUUAUGAUCGGACGAUUGUCGCCGCCGACAUGCGAGCACCAGAUGCAAAGCCAUCAAGAUGGGGCGUGGAGAGUGAUGUCGAGAACGUGCGGUGGGAUCCUCACAACCCCAAUUUCUUCUUCGUUUCUACCGAGAACGGAGUCAUUCACUACUACGAUGUGAGGAACGCGCCUUCAGACCCAGCUAAGAGCAAGGCUGUGUGGACACUGCAAGCGCAUGACCAGUCUGUCUCUUCUUUUGACCUCAACAGUGUGAUCCCUGGCUUCAUGGCAACGGGGUCUACAGACAAGACGGUCAAGCUGUGGAAUAUUCAACAAACUGGCCCCGCACUGGUGGUGUCACGGGAUCUGGAUGUGGGCAAGGUCUUCUCGACUACUUUCGGGCCAGACGCUGAGGUCGCCUUCAGAUUGGCAGUGGCUGGUAGCAAGGGAAGGAUGCACGUUUGGGACACCAGCACAAAUGCCACUGUUCGCCGCGCUUUCGCAGGAAAGAUGCCUGCUGCCGAGGCCGACGAGGAUGUCAAGGAGAGGCUUGUUGGAAUCGCUGAUGACGAGAGCGAGUCUGAUGAGGACGAGGGGGCAGAAGAAGAAGACUCUGACGAUGGCGGGGAUGAGGACGAAUCCAUGGAAGAAGAAUAA